AGUGGCAAGAGUCUAUGGGUUCUUCAAUUACAUUGAGCUGUUUUCUGACGUGCUGCUCCUUCUUUUUCCGUAGGGUAUUUCUGUAUUGUUUUAGUGAUUCAACAUAGGGAAGGCGUAGGCUCAGGUUUUCUGGGUCUCUCUGUCUCUCGAUUUCUUUCUUAGGUUUUUGCAUUCUUCAUCUCUCUGUCUCUCCCUCGUGCCUCUCUCUAACGCGGUCGUCACUAGUUACCACAACCACAAAGUCAUAAACCACGCCUAUUUCUGAAAUGUAUCUUCUUAAAAUGUGAUUUUAAAUCUAACCCUAACCUUAACCACACUGCUAACGUUAUGCCCAACACGACCUUAAAUGAAGACCAAAAAUCACAUUUUUGUUUCACGAAUUUUUACGAUAUAGCCAAUUAUGACUUUUUGGCUUUGGUAACUAGUGGAAACCCUCUAACUCACUCACACGGUCAGUAUCUGUCGGGGAGAGUCGCUUUCAACAGAACCGACUGUUGUGUCUGUGGGAUUCAUUUCAAUGAAGAGCUACAGACAGACACGCUUUCCUGCAUCUCCCAUUCGCUAUCUAACUGCAGUAUAUUCGUGUAUUUGCAAGCUUGCUGUGGAUUCUAUCAUACUGUUGAGUCUUCUACGGGUGUAGUCAGAGGCAACGGACCGCCUGAACUAAACUAGCCGCUGAAGUCUCAUCUCGGCGGGGGUCGCGUUUUGUAUAGCACCCUGGUUCAAAGAACCCCCCAAAAAACAAAGAAAUAUGGAGAAGUUUGAAAAUGGAAACAGAUCAGAGGAAAAGUGUGAAUCUCACGAGGAGGAAGAGUUGGACCCCAGGAUCCAGGGGGAGUUGGAGAAGUUGAACCAGUCUACAGAUGACAUCAACCGCUGGGAGACAGAGCUGGAGGACUGUCGCCAGAGGUUCCGUGCGGUGCUGGUAGAAGCCACAGUGAAGCUGGAUGAGCAGGUGAAGAGAAUCGGCAGAGCUGUAGAAGACUCCAAACCUUACUGGGAGGCCAGGAGAGUGGCUAGACAGGCCCAGCUGGAGGCCCAGAGGGCGACGGGGGAGUUUCAGAGGGCGGUGGAGAUCCUGGGGGCGGCUAAAGAGACCAUCGCCCUGGCAGAGGAGAGACUCCUGGAGGAGGACAGCAGACAGUUUGAUUCAGCCUGGCAGGAGAUGCUGAACCACGCCACCAACAGGGUGAUGGAGGCAGAGACGGCGAGGACUCGUAGCGAAUUAGAGCACAGAAAGACGGCGAACCACUACAAUGCCUGCAUCAGUCAUAUGAGACAGCUGGAGAAGAAACUAAAACGCACCAUCAACAAGUCCAGGCCAUAUUUUGAAAUGAAGGCAAAAUACUACCUACAACUUGAGCAACUAAGACGACAUGUAGACAAGUUUCAGGCCAAGCUGACCGUUGCCAAGGCAGACUACCGCACAACGCUGCAUAACCUAGAGACCAUCUCCGAGGAGAUCCACUCCCGGCGACACUCCAUCACCAUGGGAACCAGAGGGAGGGGCGUGGGGGCUGAGGGGGAGGGAGGAAAUGAGGACAUCACCAACUUCAAGAUGGAGUCAGACGGACUGUCCUUGGCAUCUGUGACGUUUGAUGAAGGCGGUAACUGUGGUGGAUCAGAGGAAGAGACAAAAACACACUCCACUUCCGCUCCCCUCGAUAUGCCCUCCUCUUCUCUCCAUGCCUACCCCUCCACCCCUCUGGACCCGCCCUCCUCAUUCUCCACCCCCUCUGCCUACCUCUCCCCCUGCCCAUCCCUUAUGUCCUCGUCCUGUCCCAGUGCCAUGGAGGGACACAGUCCAGGCGGCUGGCUAAGCCCAGAGUUGAGGUGUGGUUCUCCUCUCCUCGGUCCCCGCUCCCAGUGCAGUGGAGCCUCCUCCCCAGACUGCGACCAGGAAAGAGGGGACAGAGCAGAGGGCGCGGAGCAGAAGUUGGAGACAGGUCUAAGUAAGCUGACCCUAACAAUAACACACCCACUGCAUCCUGGGAACGACGACUCCAAGGAUGACCCCAAGACGACCUCCAGCUCCGCCACUACAACACAUAUUCCCAACCUUACCAUCCUCCAGACCAACAGUGCCUAACGGACAGACAACUUCACCUCUUACCCUUGACCCUUGACUCAUGACCUUCAAGCCUAAACUCUAACUGAGCUUUUCUAUGAACUUCAGUAACAUUACAAUGUGUUUUAUUCACUCCAGGGACAAAUCUGAAAUCACACCCUAUUCCAUGCAUAGGAAAUAAGGAAUAGUGGCAAUAGGGUGCCAUUUUGGAUCUUGCCCAGAACUGAUCUGGAAUAACCUGGAAGGGGAAAUAAACUUGGGGAUUGUGGGGGGAUCAUAGCCAGGCAAGUCUAUUGUCUACACCUUAAAACACUCCAAACCAAGGAAGGGUGUGAAAGAGACAUUGCUAUGGCUGUGUCCCAAUCUUCCAAAAAGGGUGGACUUGCACAAUCACUGUCAUGGAUUUAAAAGCUAUUGAUUGGUGUAAGCUGGGGGGAGUUUCCACUAUUGUGACAUGUUGGAAUGAUCCUGGAGAGAGAUAUGUAAAUAUGGCUGUUGAGCCCCCCGGCUCCCCUGUCUCAGCACGCGCGCGGGUGUGUGUGUGUGUGUAUGUGUGUGUGUGUGUGUGUGUCAGAGGAACAGCAUGUUACUGCAGUUUUUCUCCCUCACAUAGACUGACUGGGGUUGUUACUGCAGUUUUUCUCCCUCACAUAGACUGACUGGGGUUGUUACUGCAGUUUUUCUCCCUCACAUAGACUGACUGGGGUUGUUACUGCAGUUUUUCUCCCUCACAUAGACUGACUGGGGUUGUUACUGCAGUUUUUCUCCCUCACAUAGACUGACUGGGGUUGUUUGCAGUUACUAUGUGUUGUACGUGUUUGUGUGUGUCGCUAUGGGUGGUAGGUAGGGCGACAGUGUGUGUAGAGACUGUUUCAGUGCAGUUGUAGUGUUGGUGUAUGACUCCUGUAUGGUGUAUGGGGAGAGUACAGCCUGACUCCAGUAGAGAGAGUCUAUAUUUAUGCUCUGUGUCUCUGACCUACACUAUGUAUCUGUUCUUAGAAUAAAACACGUCCUGACACUUCA